UAAUUGCUGUUGAGUGAGAAUAUCAGAUGAAAUCUAGUACUUUGAUGUUAUGUUGUAGUUGUCCGAUCUCUAUGUUGGAACAACAGAAAACUAAUUGCUUUGAUGUUUUGUUUCAGUUUGAUAAGUUUUUGCUGUAUGAUGAUCUAUAAAAUCAAACUAUAGGUGUAUAGAUUAGUGUCUAUUUGAUAGGACCUAAACUUUAGAUUAACCUGUUAUGAGAUAAAGUAUUUGAGACACAACUUUAGUCAUAGUUUUUUGCCAUAUAAUAUGAUCUGACUUGCUUUUAUGUUUGAAUAAACUAAAUGCAAUUUGUUACAAGUGUGAUUUAUCAGCAAAUUUUCCUUUGCUUCUUGAAGGACAAAACAAACCUUCACCUGCUAGCAACUAAUUAUUCAGUUAAGGAAAGUUCUUUAGUUCACAUUUGGGUCAUUACCUGUCCACUUUAAAGAGCUUAUUUUCCCUUGAAUGAGUCAGUUUGAAGUGCAGGUUAUAGUCAACUUGGACUAGUAUGAACAGGAAAUAAGAAUGCUUGUGAUUCUGAAUGAAUAUAUAUAUCUGUUAUAAUGGGUGGUAAGAUUUAUGCCAGCUACUGUGACAAUAGCAGCAAUUUCCAUAGUAGAGAAUAAUAAAGCAAGCUGGUGUGCUGGAGAAAUAGAUCACACCAAUCUUUAUUGUAGAAGCUAUGAAAUAGGAGAGAAGAAACUGGAGAAUCAAAGUAAAGCAAGUAUCUCCUUUGAGUUUUGUUCACUAUGUCGAGUUUGGAGGAACCACUCGGUUUUGACAAGCUUCCUAGCAUGAGUACUAUAGAUAGGAUUCAGAGGUUCUCAGCUGGUGCUUGCCGGCCCACAGUAGAUGAUAUGGGCAUGGGAAACUGCUGGAUCGAAGGGAGGGGUUGCAGCACAUCCAAUAGCUCCGAUGAGGAUUAUGAAGAAUAUAAAGGGGAGGCAUUCCCAUGGAGAAGACAUGUGAGGGAUGCAUCUGAUGGUGAAGCCUUCAACCGAAGGGCUAAAAGCUUAAGCAAGAAUAGGAUGAAAUUUGGACAUGUUUGUAAAUCAAGGAACUUGCCAGAUCAGCACUAUAGCUCCAAGUGCACUGAAAGAGGCACAAGGGGCAUAACAAAUAAGUUUUUAAAUGGUAUUCCAAAGUUUGUGAAGAUAGUAGAAGUUGGUCCAAGGGAUGGAUUACAGAAUGAAAAGAAUAUUGUACCUACAUCUGUGAAAGUUGAAUUGAUUCGGAGAUUGGUGUCUUCAGGGUUGCCUGUUGUUGAAGCUACAAGUUUUGUAUCUCCUAAAUGGGUUCCUCAGCUAGCAGAUGCAAAAGAUGUAAUGAAAGCAGUUUGCGACAUAGAGGAUGCCAGACUGCCUGUUCUAACUCCUAAUGUGAAGGGCUUUGAAGCUGCUGUUGCAGCAGGUGCAAAAGAAGUAGCAAUCUUUGCAUCUGCUUCCGAGUCCUUUUCAAAGUCAAACAUUAAUUGCAGCAUUGAAGAAAGCCUUGCCCGUUACCGUGCUGUUUGUCUUGCUGCUAAGGAGCAUUCAGUUCCUGUACGUGGGUAUGUUUCAUGCGUGGUUGGAUGUCCAGUGGAAGGAACAAUUCCUCCGUCGAAAGUGGCCUAUGUGGCAAAGGAACUUUACGAUAUGGGUUGUUUUGAAAUAUCCCUUGGUGAUACAAUUGGAGUUGGGACCCCUGGUACUGUGAUUCCCAUGCUUGAAGCAGUAAUGGCCGUUGUUCCUGCUGAAAAGCUUGCUGUCCACUUCCACGACACUUAUGGACAAUCUCUUCCAAAUAUUUUAAUUUCUCUCCAAAUGGGGAUUAGCACAGUGGAUUCAUCAGUGGCGGGGUUGGGUGGUUGUCCAUAUGCAAAGGGAGCUUCAGGGAAUGUUCCCACGGAAGAUGUGGUGUAUAUGCUGAACGGCCUUGGUGUGAAGACGAAUGUGGAUCUGGCAAAGCUCAUGUUGGCGGGUGAAUUCAUCAGCAACCAUCUGGGUCGACAAUCUGGUUCCAAGACUGCCGUUGCGCUGUGCCGGGUAACCGCUGAUGCUUCCAAGAUAUGAUAAUUAAAGAAAACCUAUAAUUAUAAUUCUAUUUACAAGAAAAGGGGAACAUGGGCUGUUCCUUAAAAUGUACAAUGUAUAGCAAUCUAUACAAAAUCUUUAAAAAUAAAACAAACUUCUUACUUAGUAGCAGUAAUCUUAUAUUCUGGCAGGCAGUCAUGUUAAGGGAAAGCUCUCUUUUGCA